GCGUCCUCUCCAGUUCUUUUCUGCGUAAGUUCUAAAUUUAAUGUACUCUCUAAGAGUUUUGGUUUGGGAAUGUUGGCAUCAUUGUACCCCCAAACGAAGGCAUGUUUGUUUCUUCCGGUUCCCCUCCCGCUAGUGUAGGCCUUUCAUCUCCGCAAGCACCAGCUCUCUACUCAUAAUGCCAGAGCUGACAGAAAUCGAACGUGAACGCGCUGCUCCCAGUGCUGAUGCUGACGCAGACACUGCAGGAACAGACAGUGACUCUGACAGCGCACCUGAGCUGGAAGAUGCCGGAGCGGGAUCAGGGAUCAACUUCCCUGGUGGCGCUGCUGCAGCUGCUGCCGCUGGUCUUCCCAUCGACAUCAGCAAGGCCAAGCAAACCCGUGGAGAGAAGAAAGCCCGCAAGAUCAUGUCCAAGCUUGGUCUGAAGCCUAUUACCGGUGUCAGCCGAGUAACAAUCCGGAAGUCAAAGAACAUCCUGUUUGUUAUUAACAAGCCUGACGUGUUCAAGAACCCUGUGUCAGACACUUACAUUGUGUUUGGUGAAGCCAAGAUUGAAGACCUUAGCCAGCAGGCCCAAGUUGCUGCUGCUGAAAAGUUCAAGGCCCCUGAAAUCUCACCUGCCGCUGAUGUUGGUGCAGGCACCACUGUGGUGGCACCCAUUCAAGAAGAAUCCGAAGAAGAGGAAGUAGAUGACUCCGGAAUUGAAGAUAAGGAUGUUGACCUGGUUAUGUUGCAAGCCAAUGUCAGCAGAGCCAAGGCCAUUAAAGCCCUCCGCAAUAAUGGUUGUGAUUUAGUAAAUGCAAUCAUGGCCCUGACCAUGUGAAGCUCCUCAUCUUCAACAUUAUCCCGUCACCCAUACCUCAGUAAAUGCAUUCUUUUGUUUCUGUAUGCCUGUGCAAGUGCUGCUCUGGUGUCAGAUGCUAACUUGUAUUUGCUGAAUCUUCAGUCAAACAAAAUUUUCUCCAUUUUGCGGGCCAUUCAUCAAAUCAUGCUACCUGAUGUUUUAUUAAAAGUCAGCAUUUCUGUGGUACCCUAUUUGUUACUGUACAUAAAGCAAUCUCUUCCAAUAAGACAGAUUCAAAAUCUUUUA